AAUGUCAUUAAUUGACAUUGAUCGAGAAUAAUUAAACACGUCGAUCCUGUAGAAAAAUGUCGGAUUCUAAUUUAUCUAAAUCAAGUUCCGGAAGUACCCAUCCCAGAACAUCCGUUAACAUAAAAACGUCCCCGGUAUCAAAUAAAUCCCGAGAUCAUCUCGAAAAACAUUCAAAAACAAGUAUCACUGAUCAAGAAAUCAAAGAUUCGAGUAAAACAACUUUGAAGGAAGAUCUAAUCGACGUAACCCCCUUGGAAGAGACAGAAGAUGAAAAACCGCGUACGAUUUCGGAUCUAAUCGGACCUCCGAAACACGAAAGUCUUGGUGAGUUCCAUAGAAGAACCUUGAAGAACGAAGAUCUAUUUUCUACCGUGGUAACAGUAGGGAGCUAUGAUAAGCUAGUGGAGGUUAAAAAAGAGGUUCCUUCUAUUUUGGUAACCGGAUUUGGUAUGAGGAAUUUAACAUCUCUACAGAACGCUUUGGAGGAAGAAAAUAAAAGGAUUAAAGAAUUGUAUCAACGUCAACAAAAACUUCGACAAACCGACACGAAGCUCGAUGUGUCGACGAAGACUCCUUCUCGUAUUGUAUCGAAAUCCAGUAUUUCCACCACGGAAUCUUCGAAAACUAGAAUCAAAACUAGUACGGAAACACUAACAGAUAAAACGGAUAUCGUCCCAAAUAAAUUUAAUCUACAAUAUUUGAUGGGUAUUCAUCAAGAAUGCGAAGAAGAAGACGAAUUCGUGGAAACGGAAAAGGAAACGGGCGUCGAAAAGAAGGAUUCCUUCGUUUAUAGUAAUUCGACGACUAUGAGAAAAGCUCAACAUUAUCUGAGAGUACACAGAAUAUUCGAUUUUUUUCAAUUCAUUAUAGCACAACUUCUGGGAGCGGCUCCUGACAAUCCGAUUUAUUUCAUUCUAGAAUUGUUGAACAAAUGUUUGUUGUACAGAUCGGGCGCCGGUCCUCCGCCUUUAUUAUACGAAGUUACGCAUAUAGCGCAACUGUUCAACCUGAUGGAUAGAAUGGGCACCGGUUUCAUAGACAUGGAACAGUAUAAACAAGGAAUGGUGACGUUGGGUAUAUGCGAUUACAACAAAAAACCUUUCAAAACGGAAGAAGGUAUCUCCAAAAAAACAUUCAUCGAGGAAGUAUACGAAGCGGAAGUCGCUUUAUUCGAUGAUCUUAUAAGAAGGAAAUACAUCGAUAAAAAAGAUCGAAAAUACACCGAUCGACCAAUCGAUUAUUCGAUUCAAACGCAAGAUUCGAAAACGAGUUAUUUCAUGCCAAAAGAUCUAUUCGAAACACUUAAACCUUUGAGUCAGAUAAAAGAAGACGUAGAAGGCGAACGUGAUGGCUGAAGAUUCAUUUUUUCCAUUAAUUAUUCGUAAAUAAAAUACUUCAAUACAA